CCAUGGCCGGUGCCCUGGCAGCCAGGAUGGGGUUUAACUCUCUGAUGAGGAAACACAGCAGAAACUUCCACGUCAGGAUCUGCACGAUGGAGUCGGACAUGGAGUUCAGCUGCGAGGUCAAGUGGAAAGGAAAAGACCUGUUUGAGCUGGUGUGCCGGACUCUGGGCCUGAGAGAGACCUGGUUCUUCGGGCUCCAGUACAACGUGAAGGACACUGUGGCUUGGCUGAAGAUGGAAAAGAAGGUUUUGGAUCAGGAGGUGCCGAAGGAGGAACCACUCACCCUUCACUUCCUGGCCAGGUUUUAUCCUGAAAAUGCUGAGGAGGAACUCGUGCAAGAUAUCACGCAGCAUCUCUUCUUCUUGCAGGUGAAGAAGAAGAUACUUGAGGAGGAGAUCCACUGCCCCCCCGAGGCGUCUGUGCUGCUGGCGUCCUAUGCUGUCCACGCCAAGUAUGGAGACUACGACCCUGAUGUUCAUAAACCAGGUUUCCUGUCUGAGGAGGAUCUGCUGCCAAAGAGGGUGAUUAAUUUGUACCAGAUGACUGCAGAAAUGUGGGAGGAGAGGAUCACUGCGUGUUACGCGGAACACAGAGGCAGGACGAGGGAUGAAGCCGAGAUGGAGUAUUUAAAAAUAGCUCAGGACCUGGACAUGUAUGGCAUCAAUUACUUUCUAAUCAGGAAUAAAAAGGGAACGGAUCUCCUGCUGGGAGUGGACGCCCUGGGUCUGCACAUCUACGAUCCAGACAACAGGCUGACCCCCAAGUGCUCUUUCCCCUGGAACGAGAUCCGCAACAUAUCCUACAGCGACAAGGAGUUUACCAUCAAACCUCUGGACAAGAAAACCAAUCUUUUCAAGUUCAACUCGUCCCGGCUGAGAGUCAACAAGCUGAUCCUGCAGCUGUGCAUAGGGAACCAUGACCUGUUCAUGCGCCGGCGGCGGGUGGACUCGCUGGAGGUGCAGCAGAUGAAGGCUCAGGCCAGAGAGGAGAGGGCCAGGAAACAGGUGGAAAGGCAGCGGCUGCAGAGGGAGAAGCAGCUGAGGGAGGAGGCGGAGAGAGCGAGGGAUGAGCUGGAGAGGAGGCUGAUGCAGCUGCAGGAUGAGGCUCACAUGGCCAACGAGGCACUGCUGCGUUCGGAGCAGACGGCCGACCUGCUGGCCGAAAAGGCUCAGAUUGCAGAGGAGGAGGCCAAGCUGCUGGCCCAGAAGGCUGCCGAGGCCGAGACGGAGAUGCAGCGCAUCAAAGUCACGGCCAUGCGGGGCCACGAGGAGCGGCGCCUCAUGGAGCAAAAGAUGCUGGAGGCCGAGAUGCUGGCUCUCAAGAUGGCUGAGGAGUCCGAAAGGAGAGCUAAAGAGGCCGAGCAGCUGAAACAGGACCUGCAGGAGGCCAGGGACUCCGAACGGAGGGCGAAGAACAAGCUGCUGGAGAUCACCAGCAAGGCCGUGCACACGCCCCCUGGACUGCCGUCUGGCAGCAUGGCCGCAGACCUGAAUUUCAGCAGAGAGAACCUCAGCUUCGACUUUAAAGACACCGACAUGAAGCGCCUCUCCAUGGAGAUCGAGAAGGAGAAAGUCGAGUACAUGGAGAAGAGCAAACACUUGCAGGAGCAGCUGAACGAGUUGAAGACGGAGAUCGAAAGUCUGAAGCUGAAGGAGAGGGAGACCCCGCUGGACAUCAUUCACAACCACAACACGGAGCAGGGGACCAGCAAGCACAGCAACUUCAAGAAGCUGACCCUCCAGAGCACCAAGUCCAGGGUGGCCUACUUUGAGGAGCUUUAAACAACCCCCCCCCCCCUGCUGCUGCAGAGCACGUCCGUGGUUCCUUCCCUUCAAGCAGUCCAGGUUCUCCGCUCGCUGGAACAACACACCCCUACAACACAGAAACCGGCUCCGCCUGGACCGGCACCAACUCCGGGGUCUCUUUUACGGACCACGGUGAAUGUUCCUGCACAAAAUCUUCAUCAAAAGGAAGAAAAUAAAAAGUCGAGUGUGUGUUUACAGCGAGAGAUUCUUCUCGUUCUCCAAGAAUAUUCUGAUGUGAACUUCGGUGUGGGAUUUAUUCUUGUCGAAAUAACUUUGAUCGUGUGAAAGAAGGGAAAAUAACAACCAGCUACCAAUCCUUUUUCUCUGUGGGUUCAUGAGACUGUGUUUGUGGAGUUGAGUUACGAUAUCCUGCAAAACUCGGGUGACCUAUAUUGUGGAAGUCGAAAACAACUCUGAAAUUGGAGAGGAAGUAAACCACGAACUCUGCUCUGUAACCAACACUACACGUUUAACAGUUGUAUAAAACACAGCAUCAUAUUCUCUGUCAUUUCCUUCUGCCUAAACGCUUACUCUUUGUUUACUGUUGACCACUGAAACUGGACAUCUGAGCUGCAAAUACAGGUCAUUCCUCUGCCGUCAUAAACUGAAGGCCUCGGAAACGGAUGUUUACAUGGCGUACGGACCGAUUUUUGUGUACAUUUUCUAUCUGUGAAGAAAACCGCUGCAUCUGCAUCUGUCUGGAGUUCAUGUUUUCUCUCCCUCAGAAGGGAGUUAAUGUGAAAUAAAUGUAUGUUUCCCUUUCUGUCUGCAGUUAACAGCCGUGUUUAGGUGACACUUGUCCGGUGCAUUCACUGUUCUUCGUUUGUCUGCAAAUGUACAUUUUCACUGAAAUGUUUUCAUAUGUAAAAUAAGUGGAUAU